UCCGCGUGUUCUCGACUGCUGACCAGCGCAGCCAUGGCAAGUAGGGCAAGCCUCCUCGUGAUGUUGGCCGCCGUGGUGAUCUUGCCUCCACCAGCCUCCUCCCAGAACAGGAAAACCAUCGCCAACCCGGACUUCCCGUGUGGCGAGCCUUACGGACCCAAUGGGGAGCUGCCGGAGAGUAGCAGGAGGAAGCGGCAGAUCCUCUUCCCCGACGAACCGAAGUACGCGGACUACUUGCAGCUGCUGCUUGGUAAAGCCUUCACACGCGCCAAGGAGAAUACCGAGGAUGAUGCAGAAGCUGAUAAAGGUUUUUGCGGUGCCAACGUCAUCAGCGACCAGUUUAUCCUCACAGCCGGUCACUGCGUGGAGGGCAGCACUGAGAAGAUAACAACGGUGAUCUUGGGCGACAUUGAUCUGACCCAAGAGGAUGAAGAAAACUCCAGGGUCGGCACCUAUGAGAUAACAGAUAUCUUCGUCCACCCUGAAUAUAGCCACGACAGCCCAACGCGCUACCACGAUGUGGCGCUGCUCAAAACGAAGACAAAAAUACAGUUCAACGACGCUGUCUUCCCCAUGUGCAUAUCCGAUGAGAUUCCAGCCCCGGGAACCAUCGUCAUCAUUUCCGGUUUCGGUUACUACAAUGCCACCCACCGGCCAGACUAUCUGCUGGAGGCAAACUUCACGGUUAUGGACACAACCGAGUGUGAGGCCAUCUACCUGCAGCAUGGCCAGGAGGCGUUCGUCAGAGUCAAGUACCCAAACCUGCUGAAGGGAACUGACAUCAUCUGUGCCAUAGACGACGUAUCCGACGCCUGCCAGGGAGACUCCGGUGGCCCAGUACUGAGGGAGAAGGAUGGGAAAAUGUUCAUUGAAGGGAUCGUGUCGGGAGGAGCAAACUGCCACGCGAACUUCAAGUCGGUGCUGCCCGGCCUGUACACCAGUAUAGCCAAGCAGAUAGACUUCAUCGACAGGCAUGUGUACGGGUCUGCUGCUGCUGUGCCCUAGGUGUGUGUGUGUGUGUGUGGUACAAGAAACAUGCUAAAAACAAAUGAUAGAAGACGUAAGGUUAUGAAACUCCCACCAAAGCCAUCACAGGAAUAUGGUAUCUUGUAUAUCACCGUGUUCUGGUUUUGGCGAAGUGACUGAGAGCACAAAACAUGCCAACGCUUGUGCCGCCAUGCUUAUAAGAUAACUGUAGUUACAACUGUACAAAAAAUAAACGUUGAUAUACAGGUCUCGAAAAUUUUAACCUUACUAUUUUAAUGUAGUAUCAACAAAAUAAGCAAUACGAAUCACUUAAAGAUGUAUUUGUUGCCAGCAACUUAACGGAUAGGCAUAAUAAUGAAAUAAUUAACAAUCCA